AUGGUUUCAGUAAGAAAGAGAAAGAUGGCCAGGUCAUCUGUCAAAAAGAACACAAGAAGGACCAAAGACAAGCAACGUAACAUAAACGUGUACUCAAAUCCUAUUAUUGCACAGAACUGGGACAAAUCAUUAACUUUACAACAGAAUUAUAAACGUUUAGGAUUAAGAGCAAAGCUAGGCCAUAUGGCUGGUGGUACUGAAAGGAAAGUGGAAACCUUGACUGAAAUUAGAGAUAAGAAGAAAAAUAAAGACAAUGGUGAUGCUGUUGUCACGAUUGAUGAGAUUGAACAUACAGAUGACUCUUCUAAAAUACCUGAAGGUGAAGCUAGAAUUAUAAGAGAUCCAGAGACAGACGAAGUGUUGAAAGUUAUUUAUGGAACUAUGAAAGUUGACGAAGAUGAGAGUGAAGACGAUAAAGCCGACAACUCUGUCAUUAAACAGCUAGAAGAAUAUGCAGAGCAACACAGCAAGGUGAAAAAGGAAAGACAUCCUUCCGAAAGAGAAAGCGAAUGGUUGAAGUCAUUGUACGAAAAGUAUGGAGAUGAUUACGAAAAGAUGAAGUGGGACAAAAAACUAAAUAUCUACCAGCAACCGGCAGGCGAUUUAAAGAGGAGAAUCACGAAAUGGAAAAAGGCAAAUGGUUUAUAA